UUUUAAAAUAUAAACACCUGUCCAGUUGUCCUCCUUGUUCUCUUCUCUUCAACUCUUAAAUUAUUCAAUUCAAAUUCAAAUAAUAAUUAAUAAUUAAUAAUCCAACAUCCUUUCACUCUUCACCGGUGGUGGCAGUCAACCAUGCCGACACCGGUCAACACAGCCAGGCAAUGCUUAUCACCAGAAGCCGUACAAGCCUUAGACGACGCCGUAUCCGUCGCCCACCGCCGCUGCCACGCCCAAACGUCGUCGUUACACGCCGUUUCCGCCUUACUCUCCCUCCCAUCCUCCCCUCUCCGUGAAGCAUGCGGACGCGCAAGAAACAGCGCGUACGCAUCACGCAUCCAGUUCAAAGCACUUGAACUCUGUUUAGGCGUCGCCUUAGACCGCCUUUCCUCAACCGCCCAGCGCGUGGACGAACCGCCGGUUUCCAACUCACUUAUGGCGGCUAUUAAACGGUCACAAGCCAAUCAAAGACGUCAGCCGGAGAAUUUCCAUUUGUAUCAACAUACGACGUCGUGUUCACCGUCUUCAAAUUCUGUUACAACUGUCAAAGUUGAGUUACAGAAUUUAAUUCUGUCCAUACUUGAUGACCCGGUUGUGAGUCGGGUAUUUGGAGAGUCCGGGUUUCGAAGUUCGGAUAUUAAACUAUCCAUACUCCGACCCGUUCACCGUCAACUUCUUCGGUGUAAAGCCCAACCUAUUUUUCUAUGUAACUUAACUAGUAACAUAAGUAACAUAAGCUUCCCAUUUCAUGGGUUGUUAGAAUACAACGAGGUUGUUAAACGAAUCAACGAAAUUCUCGACGGGAAGCAACGGAAUAAUCCGUUACUUGUCGGUCCAUCAGCCGUUGAAACGGUUAGGAUUUAUCUCGAGUCGUUUCAGAAAACCCGAACCAUUGUUUCGGUUAAACACGCGAUAACAAACUUUGUUAGUGGGAGUUCGGAUGUGAGUUUGUUGGAGUUGAAGUUGGAGGAAGUUGGUAAUGUUUUGAAGCAGGGUGUAGGGUGUGGGGUGAUGGUGGAAUAUGGGGAUUUGAAGGGUUUGUGUGGUGAAAGUUCGUUAGAUUCUGUUGGGGUUGUUGUGAAGAAACUGGGUCAACUGUUGAGGGUUCAUGGUGGUCAAGUUUGGUUGAUUGGAUCUGCUGAAAACCGUGAAACUUGUGUUCAGUUUUUCAAGAAAUAUCCUUCUGUUGAAGAAGAGUGGGACCUACAUGUUCUUCCUGUUAAUUCCAUCAGGCCUGUUAUGCCAGAAACAUUCCCAAAAUCCAGUUUAAUGGAGUCAUUUGUACCAUUUGGAGGGUUCUUUUCUCUGCCAACUGACAUCAGAAGCCCAUUAAGGAUUUCAAACCAUAUUGGAUCAUUAUGUCACAUUUGUGAUGAGAAGUUUAAGAUGGAAGUGAAUGAUAUAUCCAAAGGAGGACUUAACGGGUCGGUUUCUGACCAUCACCGGUCAACGCUGCCUUCUUGGUUACAAACGUCUCAAAUUUGCGCGAAUAGUGAGAUGGAUGUGGUGCAGGCCCAAGAUGAUCCUGCUGUAGUGAGCGCUAAAAUCAUCGGGCUGCAAAAGAAAUGGCAUAAUAUAUGUCAACGUAUUCAUCAAGGCGAACAGUAUUUACAAAUAUUACCAAAAUCAACGUAUACAAUCGGACCUCAAGUCCCUUCUGUUGUAGGCUUUCAAGUCACCGAAAGCACGAAACAAAUUGCGGGAUCUUCAAACGAAAGUGGAUGCGACACAAUUUCAAGGUCAAGUUCCCGAAAAAGUAAAGAUCCUUUUAUCGUUUGCAGCCUUUCAGGUUCAACAGCAUCAGGAAACUCGGUGACUACAGAUCUUGGGUUGGGUCCGUUCGAUCAAAAAGAUUCUAAACUGGUGUAUAGCUUACUGUUGACAAGAGUUGGCAGACAAGAAGAGGUUCUUGGUGUUAUUAGUCAAACCAUAGCUCGUUGCAGGGCUAGACCGGGACCCAACCGGGCUGGUAUCUGGUUCGGGUUCGUAGGGCCCGAUAGAGCUGCUAAGAAGAAAACCGCAGGUGCUCUUGCCGAAGUAUUACUCGGAGGUAGGGAAAACAUGAUCUGUGUUGAUCUAAGUUGUCAAGAGUUUAUCAGCGGUUGUGAUCUGAAGUUGAGAGGGAAAAACAUCAUUGAUUUUAUCUCUGAUGAACUGAGCAAGAAACCGUUAUCUGUUGUUUAUCUCGAAAAUGCUGACCUGGCUGAUACGCUGACUCAGCAACAUUUAUCUCGAGCGGCAACUACGGGGAGGUUUUCAGACUCUCAUGGUAGAGAAGUAAGCAUCAGCAAUGCGAUUUUCGUGUUAACUUCUAAAUUAUUUGGAGCGCAAGACUUCGAGGGGGUCGACGUUGAGUAUACAGAGGAAAAUGUUAUGAAAGCUAAAUGCGGGCCCAUCCGUGUGCUGUCCUGGUUUGAUUUGGAUGACAUGAAACCGAGCCGGAAAGUGGUUCGUGUUACAAGACAUCAGCGAACUGGUUCACCGGUCUCCAAGAACAAAAGGAAGCACUACCUGGACUUGAAUCUGCCAGCCGAAGAUCGUGAAGCAGAUUACGAUUCUACCCCUCAAAACUCGCAUGCUUGGUUAGAAGAAGUUCUGGAACGUGUGGACGGAAAAGUCAUUUUUAAGCCAUAUGACUUCGACUCGCUUGCUAAGAAGAUUCUAAAAAGAAUAAGUGAAUGUUUUGAGAGCAAUGUUGGGUUGGAUUGCUCGUUAGAAAUCGAUUAUAGAGUGAUGGAGCAAAUUCUUAAAGCGUCAUGCUUUUUGGAGACCGCGAAAACUGAGGACUGGAUCAAGCAGGUCCUUGGUGAAGCAUUUACCGAAGCUCAAAGGAAGUACGGCCUCAGUUGUAACUCCGUUUUGAAACUUGUCACGGCUCAGCCGCCAGAGGAGCAAUUUUCCGGCGUCCUACUACCCGACAGGAUCAUAAUGAGCUGAUCAAGAUUGCGGUGAGGUGCAUAAUGUAGCAAUCAGAUAGCAAUUUAGUCCUUGUUUUUAAUAUUUGUUUAGUGUUUUUAGGCUAUGAAAAUAGAUGGGGUUGUACUUGUGUUUGUAUAAUAGAUGUAAGUUAUAGUUAAAAAGAUUGUGAAACUUGUACUCUUGUUAUUAUUAUUAUUAUUAUGUACCAAAUUUUACCAAACUGAACUCAAAA